UUGGCGGGGUGUACAGUAUGGUUAGUCAAGGCAAGAAUAACCCUGCAUGAACGUAUUUUGUAAAUGCUAACCGUCGCGUAGCGUACGUUUUGAAUCAAAAUGGCGCAAGUGCGAAUGAGAAAUGCGCAGGGUUCGAAUGCCAGUGAGAUAGAGAAGAAAAUUAAAAGAGGUAAUGCAUUGCGGCAGGGAUCAGCGUGGAGGGGGUGCAGAGGGCCCAUGGCUUUGCUGUUGGUUGCACUGACUGUGUGCACACUGGCGAUGUGGCUGUACAUUACCUCUCUGGACAGUGACAUCACAGAAACACUGGUCAGCCAAGGUGAGGUGGUCUCUCCCCAGCCCAGAGUCUACACAGUCCAGUGCUCCAGUGACUACGAGAACUACAAACGCUAUCCAGGAUGCACCCCUCAGAAGUGCGGCCGCGCAGUCACAGACAGCGUGGUGACGAGGGAGGAAGCUCAGGUCCUCAGGAGGCUGGCUGAGAGAGGGCUGGCGUUGGCUGGGUCAGAGGGAGGAGCAUCCAUUCUGGACCUGCACUCUGGAGCGUUGUCGAUGGGAAAACAGUUUGUCAACAUCUACAGGUAUUUUGGGGAUCAGAUCGGGGAUGUGUUCACACAAGAGGACUUCCAGCUUUACAGAGAUGUACGUGGACGAAUCCAGGCGGUUAUUGCUAAGACGUUUGGGUUGGACCCGACUCUAAUGUACCUCACCAAGCCCACCUUCUUCUCCAGAAUCAACAGCACGACAGCCAAGACCCAACACGACGAGUACUGGCACCCACAUAUAGAUAAGGUGACUUAUGGCUCUUUUGACUACACCUCACUCCUGUACCUGUCUGACUAUGGCUCUGACUUCACUGGAGGAAGAUUUAUCUUCAUGGACCAAAAUGGUAACCGGACCGUGGAACCACGCACAGGACGAGUCUCCUUCUUCUCUUCUGGCUCGGAGAACCUCCACCGCGUGGAGAGGGUGAGCUGGGGGACGCGCUACGCCAUCACCGUGUCCUUCACCUGCGACCCCGCGCAUGCCAUCUCUGACCCUGACCUGCCCUGAGGCACCCACGGGUGACGGCGCUGCCCGCUUGGCUCGGACAAGCCCUGCGACAGAGAGGGAGAGAGGACAAAGUGAGAUUUUAUGUGGAGCUUUUACUCGUAACGCUGGGAUCUGUAGCUGCCCGGUCAAUAUCUGCCAUUUUCCUUUAUUUUCAGAUGUUGACUUUCUUGCCGACUGAUUUUGCUACAGAAAAAAAGGCUCCUCUCCUGGAGGGGUGUUUUCUCAUUUGUUACUGACCCAUGUAUUUUUAUCCAACUUUUCUACAGCAGUUGCUUUUGAUAUUGCACCAUUAUAAUUGCCAGAAUCGGGCGCGUUCCACAAUCUGCUCCUCUUGACCGCUGGGGCAGAGGGCUCGAGCAGAGAUUGCCUCUCGACUGGAACAGUUUCAAAGAGGCUAAAGUAGGAUUGUGUGUUUUCUGUGCGUCUCGGUGUGUUUUUCAUUUUGAGGCCAGCUGUCAGUUCCUUGAAGAAGAGAUAUAAAUCUGGUGAAUCAACCACUGAAUCAAGCUUUCAUCGCAAAGUCCCUGCUCAUACUCGCCCCCACCCAUGACCCAGGAGGUGUUUUCUUCUAAGAAGAACCCUCUUGUUUGUUCAAGAGUGAUUGCUCUUUCUAGUAUGUUACCAUUUCCUUCAAUGUGGUCGACAAGGACGGUUUGAAAUAAAAUACUGACAGAA